UUGCUCCAGAAGGUCGGCGGACUGUGCAAAUCCACCGACGGACCAGAAAUCGGUUUCGGAUUCGUCGCUGCCGGCCAACACCCGACGGUCAUUCAGUUCGUGUCUGCUGAGGGCCCAUCAGAGGGUUUGCUUUUCGCGAACGAUCAGAUUCUUGCGGUGAACGGAGUGGACGUCCAACAAGAGUCCAAGGACAAUGUGGUGGCGUUGGUUCGAUCUGCUGAGGAUGUUCUUGAGCUUACCGUUGAGCAACUGCCUGCUCGACCGCGGUCAGCGAGACGGAGCUGUCGUGUCCGAUUCACCGAUCGAGUGCUGGUCGCUUCUAUGCCGGAUGGGUCGUCGGACUUCCCUCCACCACUGCCAAAUGCCUUACGUGUAUAUUUGGAGAAUGGUCAGACAAGGUCUUUCAGAUAUGAUGAUACAACUACAGUCAAGGAUAUUUUGAAUUCCAUCUUCUCAAAGUUGCAACUCCGGGCGAAGCAACAUUUCGCGCUCGCCAUCGAGUAUUCCUUAGGUGCUCGAUCGAGUCGAGUGAGCUUGCUUAGGCCCGAGACGAAGAUCCUUACCAUAGUUCGAAUGCCAAAUUCUGACCACCUACGAUGCGUGUUCCGAUUCGCAUUCAUUCCAAAGGAUAUCGAAGAGUUAUGGAUGCAAGAUCCUCGAGCUCUCGAUUACUACUACCAACAGUGUACUUCUGACGUCGUACGGGGACGAUACGCUUUUGAAAUGAGAUAUGAGGCCUGUGUUCGAUUAGCAGCCCUGCACAUGCAACAGGUUACUAUCGAAUCAAAUCUGCUCAAAGAAAACAACACCGUCUCAUUGACAAGAUUGGAGUGA